AUUAAUACUUCUAUAUUAUAAAGUAUUAACCUUUUAUAACAAACUUAAUAAAUUUGUUUUGCUAAAUAUAAAUAACAUAGAAUAAAUAGCAUAAAAUAGGCAUUUUUAAAAAAUUAGCAUAAUUAUUUGAAAGAAUAUUUAAUGAUUUUAGUUAUCUAUGAAUAGUGCUUUACGUCACUGAUUCGAAAUAUAUACACCAAUUUUAUGGUUUUUAGUUCUGCCAUUGGUUCUUUGGUUAUAAAUGCUUUUUUAAAUGUCUCUAUUUAAAUACGUUUCUUUCUCUCGUGAAUGACUGUCACGAUGUAGCACGCCCAAGUGUCUACUUUGAAUUUGCUACACCGUUGUAGUCGUAUAGAUGACUAUACUGCCGUCGGUCGAUAAACAGCGAAACGCGGAACUGAAAAGUACUGAGUUAAAGGAAUGUGGACCGCUUGUAUCUUAAUACAGUAAUGCAGUAGUUCGAGAAUAAUAUAUUUAGUCUUAAUCUAGUUGAUCACAACAUCACUCGGUUUAUCAUGUUCGAGUAUUGUUGAAUACGCAUUGUGUAUUUCACACUUUUCUAAUGAACUUCCUUGAAUGUAUCGUCGAAGACAUCAAAGUGCUAGGGAACUGGUACGAAGGACGAAAGUGUGAAAGCGUACGCUCACUGCUACUUACUCGAAGAAACAUAUCUUUUGGCUAUUCUUAAUGCGUUCGGAAUAUUCGAUUUGAUUAUAUUGUUGAUGAAACGUUCGUUUGUUUGAUUAACCAACCAAGGAAUAUUCUGGACUCGAGUAAUUGACGAAUACAGUGUAACUGUAACGUUUGUACGAGGAAUUUUACGAUAAAUAGAAAAAGAAACACCACAAGACUGUUGAGAUAGUAACGGAAGUUUUUUUACUGCAAAAACAUGUGAAUUCGUAUGUCACUUAUUAUUAUGACAAAUUUUAAGUUUUGGAAAGUCGAUGUAUGAUCCUCAUGUCCAAAUUAUAGGAUCGAGUGUGAGUAGUAACUUCCGUGAUAAACCAACACGAUAGUAAAAAUAUUCGAUGAUAUUAAAACGCGUGACUUUGAAAAUUCUCAAAUUCCCCCUUCUUCAUUAUGUAUCAAUAAUUCCUUUUUCAUACGAGUUUUAAACUUUUCUUGAAAAACUUGCCAUUUGGAUUUUACAUCGGCUAUGGUUGUAGCCAGUGGUGAGUGGGUACAAAAUGCCAGUUUUCCUGCCAGUCAGAAUUCCAACUUGAAAAUAAACUCUAUGCAAAACAACAAAAUGACAGCCAAAGGAAUUUUAAUUUGCCGUGAUAAUUCUCAUCCUUUUGAAGAACGUACAUUGACAUUGGAGCAACCUGUUAAAAUUGGUCGCUCUGUGGCAAGAGCCAGAGCUACACCAAACAAUGCCAUUUUUGAUUGUAAAGUAUUAUCCAGAAACCAUGCAUUGCUAUGGUAUUCAGGUGGAAAGUUUUUUUUACAAGACACACGUAGCAGUAAUGGUACAUUUGUUAAUAAUCAAAGACUCAGUGCAGCUAGUUUAGAAUCAGCACCUAAAGAAGUAUGUUCUGGUGACAUAGUGCAAUUUGGAGUAGAUGUGAUAGAAAGUACAAAAAAAGUUAGACAUGGAUGUAUAGUUGCAACAUUAAAGUUAUAUUUGCCAGAUGGAAAAGAAGCUAAAGCUAGUCUUAGUACAUCGGUUGCAUCUCCACUCAAUAAUGUUUCAUUGGAAGAUGUGUACAAGCUGAAUCAAGUCAUGCAAGAAGCCUCAAGACGCGAGAAAGCACUUUAUUCUAAGUUAGUACAUCUUCAACAACUUGUAGCAAAUACUCGAAAGGCUGCUAAUCAAUCUUGGAAAGCAUUGAUAACAGAGGAUCGGUUAUUAUCUUGGGUGGAGAGUAUGGAAAAUCAACUGGCUGUUUAUUCUAAAAAUUAUACGGAAGAUAAAAUUAGAAACGAAUUGGUAUUGCUUCAGGAAGAAAAAGUACAUUACCAAAAUGCAGCAAAAGAGGCAUUACAGAAAGUAUUACAAGAAAAAUUAGAGGUAACUCAAAGAUUAGUCCAAUUAGAAGCACGUUUAAAUGAAACAGAAGAAGAAUGUCAAAGCCUUCAUAAUGUAGCAAAAUAUACUCAAACAGAGUUUCAGGAGUUAUGUAGCAAAUAUACAGAAACACAAAAAAAAUUACAAGAAACUACAAAUAAACUAAAAGAAAGUGAAGAAAAAAUACAGGAUAUAGUACAAAGCACAGAACAAGAAAAGCAAGAAUUUUUAAAGAGACUUGAAGAUCAAUCUAGAAUUGAGAAAAAUUUGCAGGCAAGAUUACGUGAUUCUCGAUUAGAUUCUGUGAAUAUCUAUAAGCAGAUCACUGCCCUCAGAAAUUACAUGCAAAUUUUGCAGGACAUGAAUUCAAAAUUAGUAACAACUGGCAUGGUAGAUGCAAAGGAUGAAGAAAAUCCUAUAGAAGCUAUCAAUAUUAUUCUUAAUAAGUUAAAUUCCAUUCAUGUUGACAAUGUAGACAUUGAUUUAGAGACAAAAAUGGACUUUUAUUCUGUGAAAGAUGAACAAGAUAAUCAAAUUAAUUCACAAGAUAUUGAUUCAAAUCAGCUGAAAAAUUCUGAUGAUUCUUUUUCAAAAGAACAAUUAGAUGAUUCAUUGGUUAAUAAUGAUAAUUCAACGGAAUAUAUUUUACCACCUCCAUCUCGAAAAACUUUAGUUAAUGGAAAUGUAAAUAUAAAUAAUACAGAUAUGAAUUCAGAAUCUGAUGCUAAUUCAGAUGCAACAGAUGAUACGUGCAGUAUUACCAGUGAUGAUACAAGUGAGAAAUCUGUUAUAGAAGUUAAAAAAGAAGAACCUGUGUAUAAAGUAGCAGAAGAAAUUUUUGUACCUUAUAAAAUGGAAGUUAGAUUUAUGUGCGAAGAAAAUGUUAAACAGCUGGAAAUUUCUCAUUUACCUCAAACUGUACAAAAAUUAAAGGGAAACGAAGAAACAGAAAUGAAUGUUGACAGCGUGAGCAAUAUUAACAUCAUUUCAAAUGAGCCUGUCCCUAUGGAAAUUGAUCAGCUUGAAAAGAAAGAUGAAACAGAUAAAGAUAGCAAUGAAUUAGAUGAAGAAUACGAAGAAGAACAUUUAGAAGGAGAUUAUGUCAAAACUCUAAAACCAUUAUCUAAGAAUGAUACCACACAGCAAGGUGUACAUACCAGAGAAUAUUUGCUGCAAACUUUGAUAGGAUCUCUGGAUUCGCUAAAAGUUGAAGACAAUUUAGAAUCACAGCAAACCAUCAAGAAAGAGCUAGAAAGCCUAAAGGACUGGUUAAUUUGUGAAUCUCAUGAAGAAAUUGUUGAGAAGCUAAAACAACUGUAUUAUCGUGCCAAGAACGAAGCUCAAAGAAUUCAAGAGCUCCAUGAAGAAUUGGUUAUUUUAAAAGAAAAGUACAAUGCAUUUGUUGAAGAAAAAGCAGAGCUCUUGAAAAAAUAUACAUCUGUUAAAGCACAAUGCGGUGAUUUAUUAAAUACAACUUACACUAUACCAAUACAUUAUGUGGCACCUAUUGCAAUUAUAUUAAUAUGGAUGUUGCUUGAAAAAAUAUUUUAAUGUCUUUCUUUUUGUUUUUUGUAUAUAACUUUAACAUUGAUUAAUCUUAAAGUUUCCUUUCUUUUUCCUUUUAUUUUCGUAAUUUUUUUGUAUCGUUUGCUAAAUACUUCGAGAAUACAGAAUAUAACAAAUUGGGUAGCGUGUAGGUUCAACAAAAAAGUCUUGAACAUUUUUAUACCAACAAAAAUAUUAAGAAUUGUAUAUAUUUUUCCGAUAUUGUUGUUGAAGCACCAAUCUCAAAAACCUGCUCUGAUAAAUGACAAGAAUAAUGCAAACGUAUACCAUGUUACCGUUUAAAAACAAGGAACCAAAAUCAAAUUAAGCAGAGAAUUGUAGCAAUAAAUAUGUACAUAGAACAAAAUUCUAGGCUAGGAGAAAAUGUAUUAGAAAAAAUAUAGACAAUACCAUGUAAAAUGUUCAACAUGCUGCCAAUCUCGAUAUCAUAUCUUCUUGAAUAAAAUGGUAUUAAUCUCUAUUUACAGAUAUUACACACGUUUACGUCAUUAUUUUUUGCGAUCAAUUCAAGCACUGCACCCUACGACUCAAAUGUAUCAUUACAUAAAUUAUAAAUAACGUUUAUAUGCAAAGAACGAUUUUUAUAAAUGCCUGUGUCGAUAUCCUACGUCUUGAUAAACUUUCCUUAAUAUAUUUCUUGUAGAAUUAGUGGUUUGAAAUCCGUUCUAAUUAAAAAUACUCGGUAUUUAUUUAAACGAUUUCGGGAUUAUUUGUGUUCAAAGUGUAAACCAUUAAUUAAUUCGGUUCUUUUGACAUUUUUUAAUGUUAAGAAUUUUAAUGAGAAAUGUAGUAAUUAUAAUAAUGAUAAGCUGAAAUAAGUCGAAUUAUCAUGCUCUUUGAUCAAUAAUCACAUUAUUAUAUAAUCUUUUAAUUGUAAAUUCGUUGAUUUAAAGAAAUUAUUUAAUGUUAAGUCUUAGUCGAUUUUAAAUUGCAGCUGUUUUUUCCUUUGUUCAAUAUGUAAUUAUUUUCUGUACAUACAUAAAAAAUAAUUUGUUGAUAUAAUGUUUAACACUCUUCAGUAGCUUGAAGAAUUGACCAAUAAUUUUUUUCGUUUCCCAUUUCGUUAUACAUAUUAUGUGCUUUUCUUUUUUUGUUUCCUGUUUUCCCCUUUCUUUUUUAUUUUUUACUAGUAGAAUGACAAUAGAAGCAUAUCGAUUCGAACGACCUAAUAAAUUUUAAGACGAAAAUGAUUCUUCAGUGCGAAAUUUUUACUGUGGUUCUUAUUAUUAAAUCGAUGUAUUUAGCGGUUUUCCAAAUAUGAUGGCCUAGAUGUCUGUUUCUAACAAAGAAGAACAAAAAAAAAAAAAAAAAAGAUGGACAAUGUUGUAGUUAUACUUUUCUAUUUAUUCUUUUUAUACGAACGCGACUAAAAUUAAUCGUAUUUUUUUAAUUCAUUAAUAGUUUAGUUACAGUGCCAUUGCCCGAUCUAUUUCUGCCCUAUUAAACGCUAGAUACCGAUCGAUUGUAAAAGUGAAUGAUAUAAAGUGUGUUCAGUUUCCCAAAAAAGAACAUUGGCCUGACCGCUUUAUAGGGACGUUACUUUCUUGGUAGAUUGAAAUUAUAUUUACGAUCGUGAAGGUUUAUAUAAAUAAUAAGGUAAUAUUGUAUAUAACAUUGUUGACCUCUUACCACUCAUGUAAUAAUCAUUAUAUAAAAAAAAUAAAAAUUAAUUUAACUGAA